AUGCGACGAAGGCCGUCCAGCCUGCCGGCGCUGUGUAUCAACAGGACGUGUGUGCGACGGCUACGGCAUUUGGGGGGAGGAGGUACUCCGUAUGGCCAACCACAGAGCCAUCGCGCGUUAUCAACGUACUGCACUCCCGUCCCGGCGGGCAGCCUCAACCACGACGAGCAGAUGUCGUUCGACUGGUUCAAGGAAAUGACGACGAAGAAAUUCGCCGGGCUCUUCAAAUCCGACUUCUGGGAGACACUGGUCUUCCAGGCCAGUGCGCAAGAACCGGCCGUGCGCCACGCGGUCGUGGCCUUAUCGGCGGCGCACCGCUUCGAUCCGAACUAUGAGCCGUGGACGAUCCCGACUACGUACCCGUUUGAUGCCGAGCAGUUUACGCUGCAGCAAUACAACAAGGCGAUUCAGCAUCUGAAGCUCCGAAUGGGGCGCAAUGAGAAGAACGAUGUGCGGGUUGCGUUGAUCACUUGCAUGAUUUUCGUGACGCUGGAAUAUCUACGGGGGCUGUAUAAGAGGGGCAGUGCCCAUUUGCGCCAUGGGAUCGCGCUCCUAUCUAACAUACCGGAGAAAAAGUCUCCGAUGACUCCCAAUGUUUUCGACGCGGCGGAAGACUUCGCGCACAAUGCUUUGAUUGAUUCGUACGCGCGGCUGUCCAUCCAAUCGGCCAUGUUCGGCCAUGUCCCUGCCAGCAUGUGUGCUGUGAUUCGGAACCCGAAGACCAAUGCGCUCCCAUAUAACUUCCCCUCGGCUUCCGAGGCGCGCCAGACUCUCGAUGAUCUCCUCAACCGGAUACACUGUCUGAAGAGGCACUCGUACGCUUCUAGGGAAAACGAAUCAAAAGACGAUAUGAGAGAAAUGGUGGAGACUCAGGAGGUCAUCAUGGGCGAUCUCGCGCUCUGGCGGAAAGCAUUCGAUAAUUCGAUUCCUCGCUUCAUGACGGGAAAAGACGGGCGGCGCGAUCAGUUCGGACAUCUACUGCUGGUGGUCUACUACGAGAUGGCUAUGAUCAAGGGCUCAACCUGUUUGUCCGACGACGAGAUGAUUUUUGACCAAUACACGCACCGAUUCCUUAUCAUUCUGACUGCGUUUUUGGACAUGUGGAAAUUCUUCGCUUCUCUCGACUUUCGGAUACGAGAUAUGAGGAAGAUCAUGGAUGAGCCGAGUGAUAAAUGCGCCGGGAAUGGGUUCACCGUCGAAUCCGGCUUCAUACCACCAAUAUAUUACACGACUCUCAAGUGCCGUGAUCCUGGGAUCCGGCGCCAGGCCAUUGCAAUAUUACGGUCUGUUCCACACAGAGAAGGUGUUUGGAAUGGGCCGUUGCUGGCAGAUAUCGCAGAGCAGCUCAUGAAAAUGGAAGAAGCCGGAGUCUAUGAUAAUGAUCCCACGGUAAAUGACAGAAUCGCGUUUCAAGAUCCGCCUGCAAAGGACCUCCCGCCCCCGAAGGUCAAGAAGGAAAUGCGAGUCUCGGAUGUGAGCGUCAUUCUGCCCGACCGGGUGGACGGUGACACUUUUAUGAGGUAUUCAAAAAGAGAAGGAGGGAAAUGGCAGCAUUUCUCUCGAGUCGUCCAGCCCGGAUGGCUGAGCAAACUCAGCCCCUCCACGAAGUACUCGUCCUUAGGCUUAGCCUCCCCGCCAGAUCAUUGGAUGCUGGAUAAGGGGUCAAUAUCAGGAACGUGA